AUGGCCUCCACCGACAAGCCGACACGGCUGCCAUCUCCGCCCGGAAGUGGAACCAAAGCCUCGUCCGACGACACCGCAAGUCCGAACGGGCCCAACGGACCCUUCGCUCCCUCGUCGGGGUUCACCGCCCCGCUCUUCGCGUCGCCCUUCACGACGAGCUACUCACCCUUCCACACCGUAAGCACCAUGUCUGGGGCCUCCUCGCACGCGUCGGUGAAGCAGCAGUCGCGCGCCGAGGUGGUGGCCCGCACGGUGCACCUGCGCUGCCUGCCGCCCUUCAUGAAGCAGAAGGAUCUCGCCGACGUGUUUGAUGAGUGCGGAGAGUAUUUGCGGGUGCGCAUCUGCGGCAACUCCGCCACACAUCAGAAGUGGGUGUACGGCUUUGUGGAGUUCACAACGAAGGAGGCGGCGGCGGCGAUGCUGACGCACAGCGGGAUGGAGCUGGCCAACGGGGCGGGCAAACCGCCGCUGCGGCUGAAGUGCAGCCCGUCGAAGCAGCCGAUUUUGGACUGCAUGGCGUACGACGCGGACGUGAUCACCGGGACGCCGUGCGGGUUUGGCCGCGGGUAUCUCGCGGAGUGCUCGCUUAACGACGCGCUGCUCGUGGUGGGCAGUGGCGGCGCUGCUGCAGGGGGAGGAGGUGCAAGUCUGAGUGGCAGCGUGAACAACGGCGCGCCGGCGGGUGACGGUCGGGGCCGCACAUCAGCCGCCAACCGCGCGUUGACGGCGCUGACGGUGUCGUCGAUACGGAAGGUGGCGGCGACGGGCUGCGGGUGCGGGUGUGCUGGCGUGAAUUGUUGCGGUUGCUGUCAGUGCUGGAAGGGCGAGAAGACGCAGAAGGCGGACAGCGGUGGGACGCCGGUGAAGGACAGUGGUGGCGCGGGCGGGGGGUGCUGCGACUGUGACGGCGGCGGCAGCGGCGGCAUCGCCCACACGCAGGCGACGGCGACCACAAGAGACAAAUCCGAUGACGCCGGACUCACCACGGCGACGUCCAACGUGGCCGGGGGCGACGGCGACACCCAGAGCCACACCGCAGCUCCCGCUCCCACGUCUGACAUCUUCGCGGAGCUGUCCAAACUCCCGUCUACAGUCAACGCGGCGGAGCUGGACGUACUGCAGCAGCUGGCGGCAGCCUUCCAGGGACUGCGGGCCACCGCGACCUCUGCGGAAGGGCCGCUGGACGGUCCCGGCAUCGUGCGCAAGGCGGAGACGAUGGCGCUGGACGCGCUGUCCCGCGCGAGUCACCUCUCCUCCGACACGCGCCUGCAGGACAUCCGCUACGACCUCACGCAGCUGCUGGCGUUUCUCGACGCGAACGCCGCCGUGACGGGCGGGGCGGCGCAGACGGCUUCGGGCGACUGCACGGCAACGCUGCCGCAACGCGUGACGCAGCUGCGGCUGCUGGCGAACCUGGUCGGGGCGCUGCUCUGCCUGCUGCGCCGCAGUGUGGCGGAUGCGGUGCCGUACGUUGAGGCGGUGCUGGUGACCUUUGCGCAGAUCCCGCCCUCGUCGCUGCUGCUGCGGGCACGGCAGCACGAAAAAGGCGUCGGGGCGGCGAGGGGCGCACCCGCCGCAGCCGCAGACGCAGCAGCCGGUCCUGUUUUGAACGUGGCGGCGCCGAGGCACAACGGCGCGGGUGGAAGGCCGUUGCAUAACGUGCCGUCCCUUCCGCCGAACGAGUCUGUGGAUGAAGGCUUCGCAGAGGAGGUGUUGAACCUCAUCGACGAGGAUGACGAGCAGGAUGGCGUGGAGAAGCAAUGCACCGCUGCGGGCAGCGGCAACGUGGACGCGGCGGCGGCGCACUCCUCCGACGGCAAGGCGGCGUCGACCGACGAAGAGGAGCAGUUCUUGCUGAACGGCAGCCGCUCCCUCUCGUCCUGCAGCGAUGAAAGCACUGCCUUUCUGAACUCGGCCGACAUGGCAGACCUGUGCCGCCGCGAUGAGACCUUCACGCGGUACGUGCUGAACGCGGUCGUGUCGGUUGGUAUUGCGAUGGAGAGCGUGCAGCCGAUGAUCGCGCGCAGUGCCUACACGCUGGCCAACGCGCGUGCGGUGGAGGUCCUCGGCGAGCCGAGUGCGAUGGUGGCCGCCUGCCUCGCCGCCUCCCCGACCGCACCGCGCCUGUGCGAGAUGUUGUUUCAUGACGCCGCCGCGACGGGCAAGCUGCGCGACAUUACCUUCUUCCCGCACCGCUUCUUUGAGAGCGUGAACGCGACCCGACAGCGAGUGCGCGAGACGAGAGGCACGGAGUGCUUCUGGCGACAGCUGCCCCCGAAUCACGUCGCGCCGUUGUUUAACUUUUGA